AUGUCAGGAAAGAUGUGCAGCGGCAGCACCAGCAUCAUUCAGGCACAGAAACUGGUGGAUCAACUUCGGGUGGAGGCAAACAUGGAGAUUCAAGGUCUUGAAAUGUCUUUCUUGUCUCAACAGAUCUCCCUGACAGCAGCCAGUCUGGUCAGAUACUGUCAGGAACACAGGCGAAGCGACCCUCUUCUCACUGGGAUCGCUGCCUCGUCAAAUCCUUUCAAAGACAAGAAGACCUGUGUGCUGCUUUGAGGAGACACAUUUUGUUGAAAAUAAAGUGUUUUACAGGCAUCGCAGGAGUUUUAAUACACAGCUGACAUGAGGCG